CCCAAGAGAUCAAUCAUUCGAGUGUCUUUCAAAAAAAAAAUCAUUCGAUUCGAGUGAGUAACACACAAGAAAAUAUGGAAGGGAAAGUAGUGUUGAGAUUUGGCACCAUUGUUUCUCUCUUGCUUUUGGUCGCUUUGGUUGGCGCCACCAUUGCCAACGCCUAUUCAAACGCCAAGGUGUUCGAUGUCCGUCGCUACGGAGCAAAACCCGACGGCAAGUCCGAUUCAAGCGAGGCAUUUUUGGCGGCUUGGAACGACGCUUGUAAAUAUGAAGGGAAGGCGAGGGUGGUGGUGCCCCCAGGGGAGUUCGUAACGGACGCAAUCAUGUUCUUGGGUCCUUGCAAAGGAUCGAUGGGGUUUAUAAUGAAAGGACGGUUGUCGCCUCCCGAUAGGCUCAGCGACUCCGGUAAGUGGAUCACCUUCCGGUACGUUAACGGGCUUAUGGUUUCCGGCCACGGCACGUUCGACGGCAGGAGUUACGCCGAUCCCUCUCCCAAACCUUCGGCCAUGUCGUUGCGGUUCGAGUUCAUAAACGACGGCGUGAUCAGCCACAUCCGUUCGGUCAACAGCCGCAACGCGCACAUGCAGAUCUACGGGUGCAACAAGAUUCGUAUGCACAACAUCCUCAUCAAGGCCCCCGGCAACAGCAAAAACACCGACGGGAUCAAGAUCGGGGCGUCGACCGACGUCCACGUCACCAACUCGGUCAUCGGGACGGGCGACGACUGCAUCGCCAUCCUGGGGAAGAGCUCCGACAUCCACGUGUCCCAGGUCUUCUGCGGGCCCGGCCACGGCAUCAGCAUCGGGAGCAUGGGCUACUACCCGAACAACGAGAAGAACGACGUCGUCACGGGCGUCACGGUGACGGACUGCACAUUCCGUGGCACGACCGACGGUGUCAGGAUCAAGACGUGGGCAACGCCCAACGCCGGCCUGGUCCAGAAUCUGACCUUCAGUAAUAUCCAUCUCGACAGCGUGGAUAAUCCCAUUAUUAUUGAUCAGGAGUACUGCCCUAAACCUCCGUGCAAUCAGGUGCCAUCACAUAUUCGAAUCGAGGAUGUGACGUACGACAACGUAUGGGGGACGUCGAGGUCGGCGGUGGCGGUGAAGUUGAACUGCAGCAAGAUGUACGGGUGCAAGGGGUUGGUGUUGAAGGACAUAAACAUGAUUCAGAAGAAUGGACUCGAUGCUACUUCGUUUUGCUCCAAUGCCGUCGGCGCCACUCACGGCGUGCAAAAACCAUCGCCUUGCUUGUAGCCUUCCUUGUAGGGCAGGCCGCCAUGUUUAUUAUUAUUAUUUUUGGCCAAUUGGGUGCCACAAUUAGGAAAUGAUUAAGCAGUGAUUAGAGAGGAUUAGCUACUAGAAAUAAAGACGGCGGGAAUUAAGUGGUGGUGGACAUAUGCAGUAAUGCAGCCACCCUUCGAAGCCGGGUCGUUAUUAUGUUAAGGAAUUGGUGGUUAGAGUAGAGAGUCUAGAUAGUCAUGGUUUGAGUAAUUAUGUUAGCCUUUGGGACGAACUAUGUAGGCAUUGUCACAAUUGUUGAUUUGGGUUUAUGGAAAGAAUCAAGUUUCUUGUUACGUUAGGUGACAAGAACACCUAAUUCAUGCAUUUUUUCAUUUAUUCACGCCAUAUUUUCGUUAUUCACGCCAUAUUGACAUUGUUCACGUAAGAGUGUUGCUAAUUCACGCAACCGAUAUUGUUUAGUCACGCAACCUGGUGUCGAUUCACGCAUAUUGUUAUUUAUUCACGUCAUUUUAAAAUUAAAUUUUAGACGUUAAAAUAUAUCAAAAUGGAUGUCAUUGUGUAGAUUAUGAUCAAUGCAACAUAUUUUUACAGACUAAUUGAGAAUCCAAAUUUAAUUCCAUAAAAUAUAGUCAAUACAAAUUAUUAGGGGGAAAAAGUCUGAAUUUUCAUUUACGUGAAUAACUUACACUCUUACGUGAAUAAACAUAGUAUUACGUGAAUACACACAAAAUGGCGUGAAUGAGUACAAAAAUACGUGAAUAAAUUGACAUUAGGUGUUUUGUCACCUAACGUGACAAGAGAUGUUUUCCUUAUGGAAAUGUGCCAUUUGUUUACUUCAGUUCAGAGUUGGGAUCAAACCAUUUAGAGGUUCGUACCUACCAUUUAGAUUGAUAGGGUUGUGGUAAUUUAUUGCCCAAUGUAAACAACCAUGAAGAACCCCUUCUGCCUUUAUCGUUAUCUCUAGUUUAACGCACCAAUUUUUUUUUUUUUAAUCUCUAGUUUAAAUGGUGGUUUGAAUUAAAAAAUGAGAUAAUUUGGUCAAUUUUUUCGUUUUACAAAACGAGUAGAUUCGAAUUAUUUGUCCCGCCUCAAACAAUUAUAAUUAUUUCAAAAUGAGUCAAUUUGAAAUUUCUCAGCCAAAAUUGCUUUCGAUAUCAUCUCACUAAAUUCAUCCGUUCUCAUCUAAACCAUCUCUAAUACUCCAAGCUGGCAACCUCGUCCCCUACUCCGAUCCCCUCUAGAUUUAUAGUUGUGUAGUAUUUGUAUAGAGGUGGGUUGGGCCGGGCCUCGCUCAAUGGGCUUAUCAACACAAGCCCAAUUAACUAAUGGCAUGAAGGGUUCGGCUCCCUGUUUUGUUUAUUUCACGAAGGAAAUUUCCAACUCAAAUUCAAUAAUCAAAUGUGUUUAAUGUGAUUUGAGGGUUAAUUUUUUAGAUGAUCGGUCAUACUUUACAAUUUGUUCCGAAUCUUAUCCAAACUUGCAAAUAAAUGAAUAAUAUAGUGGUCUUUUCUGAAAAUUUAGGUCUUUCAUUUGCUCGUUUUGUAUUAUUUUAUCAUAUUGUUGUCAUCUAAAUUAUAUAUCAGAUUUUCCUAUACUUUACUAACAUUUCUCAUGUUUUGAGAUAUUUUAUUCUAUAUUUGAGCUCAAGUAUAACUGUAAUUGUGCACAAGUUUAUCUCUCAAACAAUGUAUAUUCGUCAGUCAUCACAUCUCGGAUAUAUCAUUCAACUCAUUGCACAUGUUUGUUCAUAUUACAUGAUAGAACUAAUGCCCCACCACCACCACCACCCAAAGGAAACUUGUACACAUGGGUCGCCUGCCAUGCAAUUCCAACAUGGCAGUGUCACAACACAUUUUCCCUUCAAUAUUUUGCUAUAAAUGUUGACACACACUACUUUGAACUUGUCGUUGCGGUUUCUUGGCAUUAUUUAUGCAACAAAAACCCCAUUUGUCUCCUUACGGAAUCGGCCGUGUCCUUCUCGAAUGUAUCUAGCUUGGACAAAUGGAUUUGAACUUCUUAAAGAUGAGCAACCCCAUGAAAGGUGGGAGAAAAGAACUCAGAAGAACGACCAAAGGGGAAGUAAGUGGACUAUGAUUUUUUGUUCUACAUGGAAAGCCAAAUCACACGCCAGGAAGUUGGAAAUUUGGAUCGAUAUUGUUGUGGGCCUUGUUAGUUUUCCACCAUUGGAACACCUUCCUGUGAAACUUCCCCAGCCAUGACCAAGUGCUCUCUGUUGAGGAUCUAGAAGAAAGAAUGGACGAUUAUCUUAAUUGGUAAUAUAAUCUCAUUCACGUUAGGUAAAGGAGCUCCAAUCGAAUCCCAUUUGAUCUUCCUUUUACAUAUAUUUAAGUCAAUCCAAGUCUCAUUCUUGUAAUAUUUUAGGAUUUUCUGUUCCCAUUUUUAACUUAUCAUGAAUUGUAAAGGGGGUGUGAGUAUGAUAUAUUCAAUAAGAAGCUAAUACUUGUCUUUGGUGGUGGCACUCGUAUUGAUAUAUUUCGUUCCUACUCUAGAGAAAUAGGAUAAGAUUUCUUAUAGGACUUUUCUUAGUAGUAGUACGAGUUAACCAAUUUAGCAUUUGAUUUAGAAGUCUGUUGUUUGAAUCCUCGCGACUCCCAAUUUUAACAAUUGGACUAAACACAAGACAAGAUGAAUGAAUUUUAUUUGAGAAGGCGUGUAGGGAAAAAAUAUAAUAUAAAUUUUUAUGACAUCUUUCAAUGAAUCGAGUUAUUUGAACCAAUUGUUUAUUGAAGGUAUUGAAUUCUUACCCAUAAGCAUAUCCCACACUUGGAGUUGGAGGUACUCACUAUGACUAUGACUAUCCGUACCCGUACCCGAACCCACAUACUUAUAAAUUCCUAAUCGGUGAAAUCAUCACUCCCCUCCAAUAACACCUCUCUUUAAACGUAGACGAUUACUACAUAAUUGAAUGGUUAACAUUUUUCGUAUUUCUAUUAUAUCACGGUGCCAAUUUGAAAAAUUUGAUGCUCUAAAGGGAUACCCAAUAAAAUACCGUUUUACCACAGUGGUAGAUAGAACAUUAACGGCUUAUUUAACAAAAAAAAAAAAACAGGAGAUGAAGGUUUAUUAUUGGUGGGAGAGAGGGAAAAGGACUAUUCCAACGACAACGUCCAAACAAAAGAGAAGAUGCAUUGGCAAGAUCUCCAUCGUCAACAAGAACCAACGUCUGUAACAGAAGACCCAAAAGGAAGGGCAGGCCAGGGCAAGAAUCACUUUCACCCCUUUCUUUCUUUCUUUGCGACACCGUAACGGCGAGAAGUGAAAGAGGUCGGUUACGCUUACGUUUACUUUCCCUGGUUGACUGAAACACGCGGGAAGUCCCGGGACACGCGGCAGCAUGGCGGUGGCCCGCUGCGUGGAUAUUUUAACUUUAUUUCUGGAGGCGGGAAAAAGGAAAAAUAAUAAAGGGGAUAUAUUAAAAAGGCAGAAAAAGACACGUUUCCAUAUUAAAAAAAAAAUUGAGGAAUUAUUGGAUGGUCUUGUCGGAGUAUCUGAAGUUUUCACGUGUCUUCAGCUGAGCGGCCCAAUGGGCUUUUGGCGGCAGUUUUAGGCCGUUGAACCCGUUCAACUGUCUCUGUGUUUAUUUUUUUCCUUUCCUUUUCCUAAUCUUUUUUUUUUUGUUAAAAAGACAAUAAUGGCUCCAAAAUACAAAAAGGAAAGUGAAGAAGAAGAAAAGGUGAUUAAUAAGGGGAAAAGACAGGCGAAAUGUAAUGCUGACCUAUCACACGAAGAAAGAACAAUUGUUAAAGAAGAAGAUUGGUCUAUCAAAUUGGAUCAUGUCCAAUUGUCCAUAGCAUUUUUCAAUAUUUUUUAUUUUGAUUUGGGAUUUCGAAUUGAAGAUGUUAGGGGGGGACGAGAAGAGGGUCGGAGUGUCAAGAACCAGUUGGUCCCAAUAACUCGAGUUGUUGGGAGAGGUUCAAUCGUGGAUCAUAUACCACAACACUAAUACGGGGGAGGACUGACCAUGGAGAUAGCAUGAGAAAGAUGUUGGAUGGUAAGAGAACAGAAUAACGGAGAAAAGAACAGCGAAUAAAUUAUUGUCUUGUAAUAAUUUUCGAUCAAUGAUCUCUCUCUACAAUAUAAUAUCCUCAUCGGAAGUUGUGUGUUGACCACCUAAUCCUGUUGUUUCCUUUUUCCAGAUGAGGGGAUCCUAAUCCUGUUUCGAUCAGGAAAAGAAAAAGGUUGUAUCCAUGUGUAUUUAUGUCCAUUAUAUUCGCUUGUGAAAGGAGGGUUGAGACUGAAAGAGUUUCAUUCAUCCAACUACUUGUUCCCAAUCCCAUGUGGCAGCCAACCAAUGAAAACUUCCCCCACUCCCAGUCAGUCCCAUUGGCAGGACGGUCGGUUACUUUCUGAUCCCAAAUAGUGAGCGCGUCCUGUCCUGAGCGUGCGAAAAAGGAAAAUGUGGGCCCGUGGGUUUUCACACUGGGCCACCCAGACAAGAACUGGACUGGACGACGAGAGGGCCCCAGUACCACGAAAGCCCAAUAUUUUUUCACUCCUGUCCUGUGGAUAGGUCCAAUUAUCGGUUCAUGCUGUAUAAACCUGGCUAGCUCCCUCUGUAUUCAUUGUUUCUUUCUGUCAGCUUAUUGGUUCAUUUCAGGUCGAUCUGAAAGAAAGAACAGAUAAUGAAAGAGUGCUCGCCAAUAAAAUAAUCCAUCACUUAUUGGUUCUUCUUGCUAUGAUAGAAUACGUCCAGUAAACUACUUUCCUUGCCCAUCGAGUGUGGUGAGAACUGAGAACCAUACAUAUUCAACCAAUGAUUUGAGUUAUCGCUUAUGAGUUAGGAAGAGAAUAUACGGAAGGAUUGCAUAAAACUCCUUACUGCUUCCGAAAAUGAGUUGGUGUUCAUAAAUCCAGUUAUUGAAAAAUAUGGAUCCUAUGUCGUUCCUUUACACACCUCCUCAUCAAAAAGGGAAACCAACCUAUAAAUUUAAAGUUUGCAUAGACUGGUCACAAGAUGUUGUGCUUGUUCAGUUUUAAGUUAAUAAAAUUUUGAACAUUAUAACUCUCGGUUAUAACUUAAAAGCUUGCAGAUGCUAUUAAAAUUUAAAUGGGGUGACUAUAGUCUAUAGUCUAUAGUUACGCAUUUCUAUAUUCAUAAAAUGCUAAACCAAUUAAUUGAAUAUCACAAGGGAAAGACUUAAUUAAUCCAUUUCCUCCAACUACUAAAGUGAUCGAUUGAUUGAAGACAAAACACGUGUCUUGUUUUGAAAAACAUUUGUUAUGUUGUUUCAAAUCCAUUGAACAAACAACCACAUCCUACAAAAAUGACACUAAUUAAUAGAAGAAAGAUUCAGUAUCCCUAAUAAAAUGAUAUCUAUAUCAAGCAUUUUCAAAUCUAUCAAGCGAACUCUCAAAUAGAAUACUUUAUAAUAAAUCUAUUAGUCUCCAUAUACACCAAUAAAAGAUUUGAUAUAUACUUUGUUCAUUCUCAAAAUCUCCCGUAAGUUUGGGUAAACAGAUGUCAAUAAAUUGAUUUGAAGUUAGUUUAUAGAAAGUUUUGGAGGUCUUUAAGUAUUUCAAAAAGAAAAUUUUGUAUAAACAUUAUAUAUAUAACAUAAUAAAAUCAAAUAAUUUUUUCAUAAACCAUUAAAGUCAUG